AUGGGCAUGGGGACAAAACGGAUGAAUGCGCUGUUUUAUGCACCGCUUGGAAGGAACGCUCGGGGGAUAUUCAACUGGUCAAUUUGCUUGAAGGCGGUGAGAAGAAGAAGAAACAUCUCCUACACAACAACAUGCAUCACCCCCUCUAGGGGAAAACACGCCGAGGAAAAAAUCCCCAUGGAGGAACUGAAACAAUAUUUAUGUGUUGAAAAAAUACAUUCGGAUGAUUUCAAAAAAAUAAUGACCAAGUGUGUGCAAGUGAAUAAAGACAGUGACACACGUAUUGAAGAUUUAUUGCUUAUUUUAAUUUUGUUUAAAAAAUUUUUUCCACAUUUUAAGCAAACAUGCAGAGAGACACUCCACGAUGAAAUUUGCCAUAAUAUAUUUAGCAGCAUAAAAUUAAAAGCACAUUAUUUAUACACAAGCAAAAUGCUCAUUCACACAAUGAACAUACUGACCAAUUUACAAUUUAUUGACAACACACUUAUUAUCGCAUUCAUAAAUAAAUGCUCAUAUUUCAUACAAAAUGAGGAAUACGAAAUUGAAGACUUGGUUCAUUUUCUUUCCAUUUUUAGUAAAAUUUAUUUGUUAAAAAAUGAUCCUAAAUUUAUGAAAUUAAAAAGCUUCAAUUGGAUGUUAAUCAAAAAUAUAUGCAAUAAAUUGACAUACAAUUUUGACCGCUUUUUUUUAACCUACAAGGAUUAUACAUACACACACAAGUUGAAAAAAAAAAUUUAUGAGCAGAUUAGGAAUAUGCAUUCGGAUGGGAAAACCUACCGACUUCCUUCACAUUGUAAUACCAACGUUUUAAAUAAGCUCAACACUGUUGUUGAUCCACGUGUCAAACGGGUCAAAAGUGUCAACUCUGAGCUUCAAGCUGGGUUCCCCCAAAAUUCUUCCAUCAAUGAAUAUUUGGGUGAUUCCCCUUUAGCGACUUCCCCCCAUGCUACUCGUUUUACAACGGUGGGCUCGUCAUCCAAUCGACCUACCCCAAAUGAAUUACCUAAUGACAUAUCACAGCUGGUUUCCUCACAGGAAAGGCACUAUCUGCUCGACACUCUUCUCAGCAUUAGCAGAAGCUUGAGGGAUUUGAAGUUUGCGCACAUGGGGCUGCUAAACGAGGUGGCCAGCAGGUUGCAGAGCCAUUUCGUGGAGGCAACCCAGGGGGGGGUAGAAACUCGUGGCGAUGUUGAUCAAGCCGUAUAUGACGAGGGUGAGGAGCGUGCUGAUACCGCCCCCGCCAGAAAAAUUUUUUACAUCAUGCAGUGCCACCUCUAUCUGCAAGUGGAUCAUCAUAUGCUCUACAAAAGCAUCCUGAACACGUAUAAAAACCACCUGCCCAAUGUGGGCAAUUUGGUAGUUCUGUUCUUCUUGCUGGCAAAAAAUAAGUUAUUCCCCUCCAAGACCAUCCACCUAUUUGAUGCAGUGUUUAGGGAAAAAAUAAGCCAAGGGGAGUAUGAUGAGAGGGACCUGUCCACCCUUUUACAUUCCUAUGCGAUGCACAAAUACAGGGAGGGGUCCGUCAUUCGGAUGAUCCUUUCUCGUUUAGUGCCAGGCUGUGUCAGCCUUCAUCACGGCGAUCAGGCCGAUCAGGCCGAUCAAGACAGUUCCGGUUUUAAUCCCGGGGAGGUUCCCCUUCCCAGUGGGGGGAGUAAUGAGAAGGUCCGAAGUGGCAAGUGGAGCCAGCCAAUAAGUUGCAGGGAUGUCCCGAACAGUAGGGACGCCCUAAACGGCAGUGGUGAAGAUCCCCAUACACCUAGCCUCAUCGCGGACCUUCCUGGAAAGAUAAAAAUACUGCACAGCUUGUUCAAGUUGGACAUAUACGAAGAAGCGCUCAUCUGCGAAAUAUGCAGAACGAUAAACGAGGACAACAUAAAUCAUCUGAACUAUAAGGAGCUAGCCAAAUUGCUGCUAGCCAUGUGCUACUUCUCCAUCGAGAAUGCACAUGCAUACAAUUUAAUCAUAAAAAAUUUAAUAAAAUUUGACAUCAUUUUAGAUAAUGUGUACCUGACCCAGUUGAAGAUAUGCGAGUUGGCACUUCGAACGAGACACGUCCCAAAUGUCUAUGACCUACUGAAUGAGGAGUGCAUAGAAUAUAUGACUUUCAUAAAAGCUAAAGAAAAAGAUGCAGAAUAUCACAUUAAAUCAGAUUUACAAAAAGAAAUUAAAAACAUCCUUUUGACUUUUAAUUUGUGUAUGUCGGAGGAGGUACCCCUUGGACCAUAUAACGUCGACUUUGUGGAAGAAGACCAAACGUUUUUUCUCCUUCCGAGAAAUUAUCUACUUCGCAGGGAUGGUCAAGCAUCAUCUAUGGUGUCGGAGGAGGUACCCCAGCAUAGUACCAAUUAUGAUGGGUGUACAUCCAAUCAGCAGGAGUCCACCACGAUGAGUCAGCUUCCAGAAAGUGAUUCACCAAAUGGAAACACUCAAAAAAGAAGAACCAAAUUAAUCAUUGAGGUAAAUGGAGAACACCAUUUUUAUAAAAACAGUAAGUCCUACACCUCGCUGUCGAAGCUGAAGCACAAAUUGUUAUGCGACCUUGGCUACACGGUUAUAAAUAUACCUUAUUUCGAGUGGGGACAGCUACGAACCAACUUGGAUAAAAAGGCCUAUAUUAAAAAAUUAAUUUCCGAUAGCCUUAGUUUUGAGGUAGUGAAUGUUUUGCCACUUAACCAAAAGAGUGAACCGCUGGGGAAAAAAGAAAUGGAAAAGGUCGUCUCAUCCAUUCGGCAGAGUAGAGGAAGGACUGACUUCUUAACCGGCAUUGCCAAAUUGAGGGAAAAAAAUAAGUUGGCCUUUUUAAAGAGGAAAGUUAAAAAUGUGUAG